AUGGGGAUUGCGCCGGGCGGGGCUGCGGCGGCGGAGGGCGGCUGGGGCGAGGCGGCGCUGUCUCUACUGCCGCCGGCGGCGGCGGCGGCGAAUAAGAGGUUGAAGGAGCAGGAACUGUUGAUCAACUCGCAGAUCUCGUCGGCGGCGGCCGAUUUCCCGCAGAAUAGGCCCGUUUCCACGGGGCUGGGCCUGUCCUUGGACGACAGGCGACUGGCAGCGGCCUCGUCCUCCGGGGACUCACCGCCUCUCUUCCUCAUGCUCGACGACGAGAUCGAUCGGGAACUUCAGAGGCAGGAAGUAGAGUUGGAUCGCUUUAUCAAGAUCAAGGUCUCGGAUCUCCUCGAACUAGAAGCCACGUUUUGCCUUAUUUUCAUUACUCCCACGCGAUUUUUUCAUUUCAUUUCAUUUCUUCUUCGUCAUCAUCAUCUCUCCUGCGUUCCCGGAAAUUAUUCCCAUGAUAUAUUUUUUUUACAUUCUUCCUGCAAUCCCUUCAAUCUCUGCAAAAAUAGGAUUAUCGUUGCGUCCCUUUGAUCACCAUUCAUCUGAUUUCUCUCCUUCUAUCCGACACAAAUGUUUCGACAGAUUUUGAUUCCUAGAUUUAUCAAGAAUUUCACCUUAAACCAUCUGAAAGUAGCUCCCCGCUCUGAACUUAGGGUGAGCAACUGAGGCAAGCCAUACUGGAGAAGGUUCAAUCUAAGCAUCUCGAAACCCUGACCUCUGUUGAGGACCGGAUCCUCCGCAGACUCCGAGAGAAAGAAGUGGAGGUGGACAGCAUCAAUAGGAAGAACAGGGAGCUGGAGGAGCAGAUGAAGCAGCUGACUGUCGAAGUCGGCAACUGGCAGAGCCGCGCCAAGUACAAUGAGAACAUGAUCUCCACCCUCAAAUUCCAUCUCCAGCAGGUCGUUGCACAGAGCCGAGACAGCAAAGAAGGCUGUGGCGACAGUGAGGUAGAUGACACUGCAUCAUGCUGCAAUGUGAAGGCGAUGGAUCUUCAGCUCGUCUGCAGGGAGAGCAAGGAAUCCAAGGGGCAAGUAUAUUGUAGGGUUUGCCGGGUCAAAGAGGUUUGCAUGCUCUUGCUGCCCUGCAGGCAUCUCUGCCUCUGCAAGGACUGUGAGAGCAAGCUCGGAUUUUGCCCUGUCUGUCACUCGUCAAAGGUAAUUGGCAUGGAGGUCUAUAUGUAA